AUGUCGGGAGAGGUCCGUUUGAAGAAACUGGAGAAGCUGAUCCUGGACGGCCCAGCUCAGUCAAAUGGCCAAUGCCUUAGUGUGGAAACGCUAUUGGAUAUCCUUAUCUGCCUUUAUGAUGAGUGCAACAACUCACCCCUCAGAAGAGAGAAAAACAUAUUGGAGUUUCUAGAUUGGGCCAAACCGUUCACUUCCAAGGUGAAACAGAUGCGCCUGCACAAAGAGGACUUUGAGAUCCUCAAGGUGAUUGGACGAGGAGCCUUUGGAGAGGUUGCUGUGGUCAAAGUGAAGAAUGCAGACAAGGUGUUUGCCAUGAAGAUCCUCAACAAGUGGGAGAUGCUGAAGAGAGCAGAGACGGCGUGUUUCCGGGAGGAGCGGGACGUGCUGGUGAACGGGGACAGCCAGUGGAUCACCACCCUGCACUACGCCUUCCAGGACGACAACAACCUGUAUCUGGUGAUGGAUUAUUAUGUGGGUGGGGACCUGCUCACCCUGCUUAGUAAGUUUGAAGACAGGUUGCCGGAGGACAUGGCUAGAUUCUACCUAGCUGAGAUGGUGCUGGCUAUUGACUCAGUGCACCAACUGCACUAUGUCCACAGGGACAUCAAGCCAGACAACAUCCUGAUGGACAUGAACGGCCACAUCCGCUUGGCUGACUUUGGCUCCUGCCUUAAACUCAUGGAGGACGGCACGGUCCAGUCGUCGGUUGCCGUGGGGACCCCGGACUACAUCUCUCCGGAGAUCCUGCAGGCGAUGGAGGAUGGGAAGGGGAAGUAUGGUCCUGAGUGUGACUGGUGGUCCCUGGGCGUGUGCAUGUACGAGAUGCUGUACGGGGAGACCCCUUUCUACGCAGAGUCAUUGGUGGAGACCUACGGCAAGAUCAUGAACCACAAGGAGCGUUUCCAGUUCCCCCUGCAGAUGACGGACGUGUCCGAAGAGGCAAAGGACCUUAUCCGGCGCCUCAUCUGCAGCCGUGAGCACCGCCUGGGCCAGAACGGCAUCGAGGACUUCAAAUCUCACCCCUUCUUCUCUGGCAUCGACUGGGACAACAUCCGUACGUGCGAGGCCCCUUACAUACCAGAAGUCAGCAGCCCCACAGACACGUCCAACUUUGACGUGGACGAUGACUGUCUCAAGAACUCGGAGACGAUGCCCCCUCCCUCUCACACGGCCUUCUCUGGACACCACCUGCCCUUCGUAGGCUUCACCUACACCAGUAAAUGUACCCUAUCUGACCGGGGCUGUUUGAGGGAGUCGGGUGGUUUGGGUCCGGCACAGAUGGAUGUAUGUGUCCAGCGCAGUCUGGAGGAGAGUCUAGCUACUGAAGCCUACGAGAGGAGGAUACGACGCCUGGAGCAGGAGAAGACUGAGCUCAGCCGCAAGCUGCUAGAGUCGACCCAGACAGUCCAGGCCCUGCAGCACGUGUCAGGAGAAGGACCAGCACCCGUCCCCUCUAACAAGGAGGUGGAGAUCAGGAGUCUGAAGACUGAGAUUGACAUCCUCAAGAAACAGAUCGCAGACUCAGGUCAACUGGAGCAGAAGUUGGAGGAAGCUACAUCAGCCCGUCGAGAAAUGGAGGGCUCAUCCAAACACCUCAGGAGCCUGGAGAAACAGAUGAAGAGCCUCAACCUGGAGAGGGACGACCUGCACAAGGACUUAAUGGAGGCCAGUGAGAAGAUGAAGAGUCAGUCUAAGGAGUUGAAAGAAGCCCACAGCCAGAGGAAGCUGGCCAUGCAGGAGUUCUCCGAGCUCAACGAGCGUCUGACUGACCUCCGAUCAGCCAAGCAGCGCCUGGGCCGCCAGCUCCGGGACAAGGAGGAGGAGAUGGAGGCUUUGUCCCAGAAGGUGGAGGCUCUACGGCUGGAGGUGCGCAAGGCCGAGAGGUCCAAGAAGGAGAUGGAGGCCCAGUCCGAGGAGCAGACAGCAGACGCUCAGAAGGAGAGGAAGCUGAGAGAACGAUCAGAGCAGCACUGUAGACAGCUAGAGGAGGAGCUGGACGGACUCAAGAAGCAGGUGGGGCCGUCAGCUUCGGUGGUGGGCUCGGACCAGAGCCAGGAAGUGGGGAAGCUGCGUGCCGACCUGGAGAAGAAGACCUUGUUCUACGAGGAGGAGCUGAGCAGGAGGGAGGCGCAGCACGCCAACGAGCUCAAGGGCCUCCGCAAGGAGCUCCGCGACGCUGAGGGACAGCAGCUCACCUUGCAGAAGGAGAUCCUGGUGCUCAAGGACAAACUGGAGAAGACGCGCAGGGAGAGCCAAAGCGAGCGUGAGGAGUUUGAGACGGAGUACAAGCAGAAGUACGAGAGGGAGAGGGUCAUUUUGACCGAGGAGAACAAGAAGCUCUCCAGUGAACUGGACAAGCUGACGUCCAUGUUUGAGAAGCUGAGCAGCAGCAACAGACAGCUGGAGGAGGAGAUGAGGGAGCUGGCUGACAAGAAGGAGAGCGUUGCUCACUGGGAGGCCCAGAUCACUGAGAUCAUACAGUGGGUGAGCGAUGAGAAGGAUGCGCGAGGUUACCUCCAGGCUCUGGCCACUAAGAUGACCGAGGAGCUGGAGGGACUGAGAAACACCAGCCUAGGUGCCAGGGCCACGGACAUGCCGUGGAAGGUGCGGAGGUUCGCUAAGCUGGACAUGUCAGCCCGUCUGGAGCUGCAGUCUGCACUGGACGCUGAGAUCAGAGCCAAGCAGACCAUCCAGGACGAACUGAACAAAGUCAAGGCCUCGAACAUCUCCACUGAGUGUAAGCUGCAGGAGUCGGACACUAAGAACCAGGACCUGCUAGCUGAGAUUGAGAGGCUGAAGAAGGAGACGGAGGAGCUCCGCCUGCGCAGGGGUGUGAAGCACCAGGACUCCCAGAACUCCUUUCUGGCCUUCCUCAACGCCCCCACCACAGCCUUGGACCAGUUCGAUUUGAUAGACCACCUCCCACGGCCAGUCCAGACCCCCACCAUGCGAUCAGGGGGGUACGGUAGUAUUGGCCGCUCAUCACCCAAGCCCAAAGCCCACCAGUUUGUGGUGAAGUCCUUCAGUGCUCCAACCAAGUGUAACCAGUGCACCUCUCUCAUGGUGGGACUCAUCCGCCAGGGCUGCACCUGCGAAGUGUGUAACUUCUCGUGCCACGUGACAUGUGCUGACAAGGCUCCAGCAGUGUGCCCCGUGCCACAUGACCAGACCAAGGGGCCAUUGGGCAUUGACCCUCAGAGGGGCAUCGGCACUGCCUACGAGGGACAUGUCAGAGUGCCCAAGCCAACGGGGGUGAAGAAGGGUUGGCAGCGGGCGGUUGCCGUAGUGUGUGACUUCAAGCUCUUCCUGUAUGAGCUGGGAGAGGGCAAGGCCACAACGCCCAGUGUGGUGGUCAGUCAGGUCAUAGACAUGAGGGAUGAGGAGUUUUCAGUCAGCUCUGUCCUGGCGUCUGACGUCAUUCACGCCAGCCGCAAGGACAUCCCAUGUAUAUUCAGGGUGACGGCUGCCCAGCUGUCCGCCUCCUCCAGUCACAAACCUUCCAUCCUGAUCCUGGCGGACACCGACCACGAGAGGAACAAGUGGGUGGGGCUUCUCAACGAGCUGCAGCGCAUCCUCAAGAAGAACAAGCUGAAGGAGCGCUUUGUCUACGUGCCCAAAGAGGCCUACGACAGCACGCUACCGCUCAUCAAGACCACGCAGUCCGCCGCUAUUAUAGAUCACGAGCGUGUUGCCCUGGGCAACGAGGAAGGCCUUUAUGUUAUCCAUGUCACCAAAGAUGAGAUCAUCCGCGUGGGAGACAAUAAGAAGGUCUACCACAUCGACCUGGUCCCCCAGGAGCAGCUCCUAGCGGUCAUCUCCGGUCGUAACCGCCACGUCCGCCUCUUCCCCAUGGCCGCGCUGGACGGACGGGAGAUGGACUCCUACAAGCUGGCCGAGACCAAGGGCUGCACAGCGCUGGUGUCCGGGCCCGUCCGAAACAACUCCCUCACCUGUCUGUGUGUGGCCAUGAAGAGACAGGUCAUCUGUUACGAGGUGAACAAGAGCAAGAUGCGCCACCGCCGGCUGCGGGAGCUCCAAACCCCAGGUCCUGUCCAGUGGAUGGGUCUCCUGAGCGAGCGGCUGUGUGUGGGCUACCAGGCUGGCUUCACGCGCUACAGCGUCCACGGGGACUGUGCCCCGGUCAGCCUGCUGCACCCCGAGGACCACACCCUGGCCUUCAUAUCCCAGCAGGGCCUGGAUGCGUUGUGUGCCGUGGAGAUCUCCUCCAAGGAGCUGCUGCUAUGCUUCUCAGCCAUAGGGGUGUAUGUGGACUCGCAGGGCCGCCGCUCGCGCCAGCAGGAGCUGAUGUGGCCGGCCGUGCCUAACUCUGCCUGUUACAACGCCCCCUACCUGUCAGUGUACAGUGAGAAUGCUGUGGAUGUGUUUGAUGUCAACACCAUGGAGUGGAUUCAGACCGUCCCACUAAAGAAGGUGCGACCUCUGAACCCCGAUGGAUCCCUGAACCUCCUGGGUCUGGAGACAGUGAGGCUCAUCUACUUCCGAAACAAGACGGCAGAGGGUGAUGAGCUGGUGGUCCCCGAGACUUCUGACAACAGCAGGAAGCAGAUGGUUCGCAGCUUGAACAACAAGAGACGCUUCUCUUUCAGAGUCCCUGAAGAGGAGAGGCUACAGCAGAGAAGAGAGAUGCUGAGAGACCCAGAGAUGAGGAACAAGCUGAUCUCCAACCCCACCAACUUCAACCACGUGGCCCACAUGGGACCUGGGGACGGCAUCCAGAUCCUCAAAGACCUGCCCAUGAACGUGCGUGUUCAGGAGAGUCGUGCUGCAGGCUUCAGUGGCUCCGUGUCCAUUCCCUCCAUCACCAAGAACAGAGCCGAGCCGGGACGGUCCAUGAGCGCCAGCAGUGGACUGGGCAUCCGUUCGUCAUCUCAGAACGGCAAUGCGUUGAGGAGAGAGCUGUCCGGGGGUAGCUACAGCUCUAAGCGCCAGACCAUGACCUCUCCCUCCGAGAGCUCCUUGUCCUCCGGAGGGGGUAUGGACGGCUGCAGCGACGCACCCCUCUCCCAGUUCGACAGAGAGGACUCUGACUCGCCCCGUCACUCGACGGCGUCAAACAGUUCUACGUUCAGCAGUCCCCCCAGCCCAGCCUCACCCCACAAGACCAAGUCCCUCUCACUGGAGAGCACAGACCGCAUGACUGGCUGGGACACAUGAGUGACAGACCGCACACAGCUCCAAUCCCUGACCCUCACCAAGCUCCCGGGCCCGCCCCCCCCCUUCCCGGGCCCUGCCCACGGAACUGCACCCGCUGCCACAGGCCCCCCCCCACUUACUUACUUCACCUUUGACCUCCCACAAAGUUCGCAAGAUGGAACUGAGAUCUACAAACAAACACGGGGAAAGGAAGUGUUUGACCAAGAGGGAAAUACUGGGAAAGGGUGUGUGUGUGUGUGUGUGUGUGUGUGUGUGUGUGUGUGUGUGUGUGUG